AUGAAAUGUUGGGAUUGUGGCGCCGACCAUUAUCUGAUUAACUGUCCGAGCUUCAAGACCAAAAGCCAGAAGCAGCGACAUGCCCUGGUGCGAUCAAAGGGUUUGUGCUUUAAUUGUCUGCGCAAGAAUCAUGGUGUUGGUGAUUGCGGCAGCGAGCAGAGAUGUCGGGUGUGCAAAGGGAAACACCACAGCCUUUUGCACAGAGAGAAACCGCCGCAGACUGAGCACAUCCGUGCAGAAGAACAAGCAACAGAGCAGAAAGCAGACAAAUCGGGGAACUUUGCGGUUACUAAUGUAACUAGCAAUGCAUUAGGACAUGCGAAGCCGGACACCCCAACGACUAAGAUUGCCUUACAAGUUGUUCCUGUCAAGGUAAUCGGUAAAGAUGGAGCCACGAUCAAGACAUACGCACUACUUGACUCUGCAAGUGAAGAGUCCUUUGUAGAUAGCAGUUUGGUUAAUCAGCUGAACAUCCCUAGUAUUGGUUCAGAGACUAUGAACAUAUGUACACUGACUGGUGAGUCGUCAAUGAGUGUUAGAAAAUCCACAAUCACUGUGGAAGCUGUGAUGGGGUCAGAAUCCGUGCAGGUGCCUGUUAAAGUAGUAGAGACGCUGAAUAUUUCGACAUCGAGGCCAACAGAUAUCUCCAGGUGGAGCCACCUUGAGGGGAUUACACUGCCGUGUGUGGAUCAGGACAAGGUGUCUUUGCUGAUCGGUACCAACGUUCCCGCAGUUCAGGUGCAUUUCGAGAGCAGAAUUGGCAGGGAAGGUGAACCGUAUGCCGUUCGCACUGUUCUCUGUUGGUCUAUAUUUGGGCCCUUGGGAAAACACCAAGGCAAGUCUGGUGAUAACGACAGGACUAAUGUGAACUUUAUCAAAACUGGUGAAACGAUGAAUGAGACUCUUGAUCAAAUGAAGCAGCUUCUUGGGUUUGAAAACUGUCUUGUUCCCAGCCAGGCCAAGGGGAUGUCUGUGGACGAUCGGAAGGCUUUGGAGAUGAUGGAGGCCAGCACCAAGAAGAUCGGUGCUCAGUAUGAAGUCGGAAUGCUUUGGCGAGACAAGGAGGUGCAGCUACCUGAUAACAGACCCGUAGCCGAGAAACGACUGCAGUCACUCAAGCGUAAGUUCCUGGAUCCAAGGUACGAACAGAAAUAUCGUAAAUUCAUGGAGAUGUUGAUCAGUAGAGGGUUUGCUCGGAAGCUGACUGAAGAGGAGGCUAAGACAAGAGGACCAAGAACAUGGUACCUACCACACCAUGGUGUCACACAUCCCCAAAAGCCUGAUAAGGUGCGUGUGGCCUUUGAUGCGGCUGCGAAAUAUCAGGGUGUUUCAUUGAACAAUCAACUUAUGCAAGGACCUGACCUCACUAACAGUUUGCUGGGUGUACUGCUUAGGUUUCGCCAAGGACCAGUUGCGCUUGUUGGAGACAUUGAGAAGAUGUUCUUGAUGGUGAAGGUCUCUGAGCAAGAUGAUGCCGACUCGUUACGCUACCUAUGGUGGGAGAACAGUGGUGAUGAGGAACCGGCUGAGUAUCAGAUGUUGAGACACAUCUUUGGGGCAGCUGAUUCCCCAAGCUGUUGCAACUACAUCCUCAAGAGGACUGCUGAGGACUGCCGUGGCGAUUUUGCUGAGGAAGCGAUUGAUGCAGUGCAGCAAGAGUGUUAUGUGGAUGACUUCCUACAGUCAUUGCCUGACACUGAUAAGGCGAUCGAGAUGAGACGGGAUGUGACCUCAGUGGUGGCCACAGGAGGGUUUCAUCUGACAGGCUGGAUGAGCAAUAACCGUGAAGUUUUGGCCAGCAUACCAGAGAGUGAGCGAGCGAACCCCUCCCUUGACCUAGAUUUUGAUAAUCUACCAAUAUCUAGGACACUCGGACAAAGGUGGGAUGUGGAGCGGGACAUCUUCCAGUUCAAAGUACUUGACCGCAACAAACCUAUGACCAAGCGUGGUGUGCUGGCUACCCUGUCAUCUUUGUUUGAUCCGAUCGGACUGGUUUGUCCGGUGGUGUUAGAAGCAAAGAACUUGAUGCAGCGUCUUUGGAAACAGAACCUGGGCUGGGAUGACCCGCUGAAGGAACUGGAAUGUUUGCUUUGGGAGAGAUGGUUGUCAGAGUUGUCCAGUCUUGUAAAAAUCGAGAUUCCAAGAUGUUACACUCUCAGCAGUGAGAAUGUACUGGAGAUAUCCCUACACAGUUUUGCAGAUGCUUCCGAGUCGGGAUACGGGAUGUGCUCUUACCUCAGAUUUGCAUAUGGAGAAGGAGGAGUGACCUGCUCAUUUGUCAUUGGUCGGUCACGAUGUGCUCCGGUGAAGACAACUUCUAUUCCGAGGCUUGAGUUACAAGCUGCUGUCCUUGCUGCGAGGAUUUCCUGUACUCUCAAAGAAGAGCUGACCUUGAAAAUCGAUUACGUUGUCUUCUGGAGCGACUCCCAGACGACUUUACAGUACAUCAGAAAUGAAAAAAAGCGCUUUCAUACCUAUGUAGCAAACCGAGUGGAGGAGAUACGUAGCCUGACCAGUCCAGAUGAGUGGAGACACUGUCCAGGUGUCUUCAAUCCGGCCGAUGAUGCAUCCUGCGGUUUGAAGCCUGAGGAGAUAACAGUAGAACAUCGCUGGUGGAAGGGUCCUGACUUUCUAUGGGAACCAGAAAGUUGCUGGCCACAUACAGAAGUGGAUGCCCUACCAGAAGAUGAUCCAGAGGUUCGGACCAAGGUUCAAGUUCACCUUGCUGUUGGAGAACCACAGGCCCAGACUAGUUUAGAAAAGGUGAUAAAGAACACUGGCAGCUGGCAAACCUUACUCCGUAGGAUAGCAUGGGUUGUACGAUUCUGCAAUGGGCUAAGAAGGAAAACCUAUGCAACAGGCAACAUUCAGCUAGAGGAGCUUGAUCAGGCUGCAUCACUGGUUGUAAGGUCUGUCCAACAAGAGUGCUUUUCGGAGGAAAUCAGCCAACUCCAGGAGGGCAAAGAGGUCAAGGUCACAAGUCCGAUUGCUGAUCUGGGACCGAUCCUGGUCAAUGGAGAGUUACGAGUGGGUGGUCGACUGAGACGAGCACCUACCUUAUCAUCAGAUGAAAAGCACCCUCUCAUUCUGCCAAAGAAGCAUCAUGUUAGCAUUUUGAUCACCCGUCGAUGUCAUGAAAAGUUAGCACAUUGUGGCAGAGAACAAACUGUUGCAGAGACAAGAAAGAAAUACUGGAUCCUCGGUGGGCGUGGAUUGGCUAAGAGACUGAUUUCACAUUGUUGGGUGUGCCGUUACCUGAAUGCGAGGUCCAUGGAGCAAGUAAUGUCCGAUCUACCGCGUACCAGGCUCAUACCCUAUAAGCCGCCCUUCACGUAUGCUGGCGUUGACUUCUUUGGCCCCCUAACCGUGAAAUGGGGCCGCCGUGACACUAGAAAGCGCUGGGGAUGCCUGUUCACAUGCCUCACUACAAGAGCUGUCUUCCUGGAAGUUGCCCAGUUUUUGAGUACAGACGAUUUCCUUCUGGUCCUGAGGCAGUUUGUUAGCGAUGAGGACCUCCCGAGGAAAUACGCUCUGAUCAUGGAUCCAACUUUGUCGGUGCUGACCGUGAACUAA